GUACUCUAUAUACUAUAAAUAUGAACAACUGUGUGGCUUAUGGUACAAUUCAUUUGUCAACGGGAAAACAAAGCAUUCAUGGAGUUCCACUACAAGAUAAUUGCUAUAGAGUUUCUAUUGAUAAAGUUGUAAAAGAAGCAGCAUUUUUACCGGUAGAAUCAUGUGAGGUCAAAACAGUUGGGGAUGCACUAAAUACUUUUGUUGCUUGGCCAAAAUACCUUGUCAAAACUAGCCAAAAGAUACCAAAUCUAUCAAGCAUUCAAACACAAAACUCUACAACUCAAGUCGCUAAAAAGCAAAAGAUAUGUUUUACAACGCUAGAUGGCAUCAAAAAACAGGGAGCAAGAAGAACAAGAAAAACACUUUAAACUAGUACUUAUUUUAUGUUUACAAUCAUUUCCUUUUGCAACAUUUGUAGACAGUUUUUGAUUAGAAGUUUAGUUUUUGGUAUUAUCGUGCACAGAUUUUGGUUUAUUAAUUUUAAUAUUAUUUGGUUUUAGGUUU